UUUAAAAGACAAACUGUGACACGAUAAAACAGGAAGGAAGACUUAAUUAAAUCAAUUUUCUACCAAUUUGUAAAAAUGACCGAUUUUAAAAAGGAUUUGGAAAAAUUGAAACAAUACAGGGAAAAUAACGAUAGAAAUAGUAGAGAAGUAGUGCAGAUAUGGAUAAAGUCGUUGCAACCACACAAGGAUAAACUUGGGAAAGAAAAGCACGUAAUUUUAGAACAAGUUUGUAUAGCUGCACUGGAUACAUUUAACUUAAAUAUCGCGGAAUCCUGCAUAAAAGAGCUCUACGUCGAAUUCCCGAACAGUUGCAGGGUUCAGAUAUUGGAAUCUAUGUUAAACGAAGCCAACGACAACCAUUCCAAUGCACUCAUCAUACUAAACAAUGUCAUUAAGCAAGACCCCACCAACAGUUCCGCUCGAAAAAGGAAAAUCGCCAUUUGCAAAGCUUUCGUCAAGAACUCCGAUGCAAUCAAAGAGCUGACGGACUACUUGAAAGUUUACAUGGCGGAUAUAGAGGCAUGGCAAGAGCUCAGCGAAUUGUAUAUUAGCGAAUUCGAUUAUGGCAAAGCCGCCUUUUGUGUCGAGGAAUUAAUCCUGCACAAUCCCCAUAAUCAUUUACUGCACCAAAGAUACGCCGAUAUAAAGUACAGUCAAGGUGGAUUAGAAAACAUAGAAAUAGCCAGAACUUACUACUACCAAUCACUCAAACUGAAUCCCAGAAAUAUGAGGGCCUUGUAUGGAAUAUACUUGACGACAUCUGCAAUGUUGAAUACUCAGAAGCUGGUGUCCGGCAAGAAAAAGGAUUCGGCUCAGAAAAUCCUCGAGUGGGUGCUCAAGGAAAUCAAACAGAAGUAUUCCGAAAAAAGCGCCAUCGAGGAUAUAAAACAGUCUCUAGCAGCAUUAGAAAUUUAGUAUUUCAAUUCACGUUCCAUUCUAGUUAAAUUUAAUUAAAGUUUUUAUGAAUGUUGUGAAUUUGUGAAUCAUUUAGACCGGGUAA